UUAGGAGAGUGUUGUCAUUCUGUCUUCAUUCACUUAAUAACUUCCCUCAUUAAAUACUCUCUCUCGCUUCUCAACCCCCAAAAUUGAUCUCCACGCCGAUGACGAUUCUCAACCGCGCCUCCGCCUCCGCCGCCGCCGCCGCCGCAGUCCUCCUCUUCCUACCCGCCGUCGCUUCGGGGGAAUGCACCUGCGACGCUGAUGACGACGGCGUAGUGAACAAAUCCCUGGCGCUCAGAUACAAGCUCGCCGCCAUCGCCGCGAUCCUCGCGGCGAGCGCCGUCGGAGUUCUUCUUCCGGUGGCGUCGAAGGUGGUGCCGGCGCUCAGCCCCGAGCGGAGCUUCUUCUUCGUGGUGAAGGCGUUCGCCGCCGGCGUGAUCCUGUCGACGGGGUUCAUCCACGUCCUCCCCGACGCCUUCGACAGUCUGACGUCGCCGUGCAUCGCCGGCAGCCCGUGGGGCGAUUUUCCGUUCGCCGGAUUCGUCGCGAUGCUGGCGGCGAUCGGGACGCUGAUGGUCGACACCUAUGCGACGUCGUAUUACCGGCGGAGGUCCCGCGUUAAGGCGACUUCCGGGGAUGUGGAAGUCCCGGGAGUUCAAGUCCAUACGCACGCCACACACGCGCACUCCCAUGGGCCGUUGGAUUUGGAUGUUGAGGGAUCUGAACUGCUUCGCCACCGUGUGAUCUCUCAGGUACUGGAACUGGGAAUCAUCGUGCAUUCGGUGAUAAUCGGGAUAGCAUUGGGAGCUUCGGAGAGCCCUAAGACGAUCCGGCCACUGAUCGCGGCGCUAACAUUCCACCAAUUCUUCGAGGGUAUCGGCCUCGGGGGAUGCAUCACUCAAGCGAAGUUCAACGCCCGCACCGUGGCCAUCAUGGCCCUAUUCUUCGCGGGCACAACACCAACGGGGAUCGCCAUCGGGAUCGGGAUAACCAACAGCUACAGCGAGACGAGCCCGACGGCGUUGAUAGUGCAAGGGCUGUUCAACUCGGCGUCGGCGGGGAUACUAAUAUACAUGGCGUUGGUGGAUCUUCUAUCGGCCGAUUUCAUGAGCCUCAAAAUGCAGGCCAACGGGAAGCUGCAGUUCUGUUCGAAUGUAUCCCUUUUGAUCGGCGCCGGCUGCAUGUCUUUGUUAGCCAAGUGGGCGUGAUGUCGUUGUCAUGUAUGUGUGAUCAAUGAUGCCCAUGGAAUUCCAGAAUUUUUUUUUUUUUUUUUCUUUUUGGAUUAUUUUUUUUAGAAGCUUGCAUUGUAUUUAUUUUUGGUGCAAAUGCUUAUUAUUAUUUGUUUUAAAA